AGAACCGAUCUUAUCACCCGUUUUCCAUGUCAUCUUCUCCCAUCCCUUCUUUCUCUCACUCUUGUCUUUGCAGAACGAUCGAAUAACCAAACUGAAGAUCGAUAACAACCCGUUCGCCAAAGGGUUCCGCGAGACGGGCCAGUCCCGCUGCAAGAGGAAGCUGGGCAGCAGUAGUGGCAGCAGCAAUACAUCAACGUCAUCUUCCUCGUCGUCGUUGUCGUCCUCGGGAACAUGUGGCCAAAUGACAGAUGACGAGGAUCGCAACGAUCUGCAACAGCUCCACGAGGCAAAGCGGGCCAGAUCAAACGAGUUGUCCGAUCCGAUGGACCCCGGGCGGCUGCUGAUGGGAGGAGGAGGAGGAGGGUUGGACGAUGGCAUGGGGUCCGACGUGCUGCGGUUGCACAUGCAACGAAGGUUCCCACCCGGGUCCUCAGCGGCAGCUGCCGCCGCCAACGAACUACUGAUGCGUCAGUACAAUCAAAUGUUUAAUCCCAGCUGGAUGGAUCUGAUGAUACCGUACUUCGCUCGAAAUCCUUACCAUCAACCGAUGGGACCGCAACAUGCUCCUCCUUCGCAAAUGGGACAUCCCUUCCUACCGAUGGUGAAUCAUCAUCCGCAAGCGACGCUACUUCCUGCCCCGGUGGCGCCGCAAAUAUCACCCACGGAGUCCAUUCCCGAGUCAGACCGAUCAUCGGCCUUCAGCGUGACGCAACCGUUGAGUUCGGAAGAUCUGCCGCCAGUUCGAUCAUCACCUGCCCCUCGGUUGGCAUCACCGGUGGAGUUGCAUUCUGCCAGCAACGGUGGCAAUGCUCCUCCCAGCGAUCAACGGGAUGGCAAUAACGAUGAUAGUAAGAAGGUGAACUUCAGUAUUGCUUCCAUUUUGCUCUUAUAGGACUGCUAGUGUGAGUGUUUGUGAUUUAGAUUUUGCGGUUUCUGUAUAAUACUCCUGUGUGUUUAUAUUUAUAACUCCUUCGGACACCUCAUUGUCAAGUGCCUUUGCAUUUUUACGAGAAAGUAUUGAGAUUGUGAAUAGAAUCUAUUGCUUUGA